AUGGCCAUGUUCAGCCAGAAUCCCGUCUUGAACGGGCCCAACUACUCGUUUGCCGAAGUUCCUAAAGAUGCCAUCGAUGGUUUGCGGGAACACCGUUUCAACCCAUACACCGACAACGGUGGCUCCACUCUCGCCAUCGCCGGCGCCGACUUCACUAUCAUGGCCGGCGACACCCGUCUAACGUCAGGCUACAGCAUCAACACGCGGUACUCACCCAAGGUAUUCAAGAUCGGUGGGUCCAACUCGUCGCAGAGCGAUGCCAACAUUCUGCUGUCCGUGGUCGGGUUCGCAGCAGACGGCGAGGCUCUAAAGGAGCGGCUCGACGCUAUUUGCAAAAUGUACCGGUACCGCCACGGCAAACCCAUGUCCGUCAACGCCUGCGCCAAACGCCUGUCUACCAUCAUGUAUCAGAAGCGCUUCUUCCCAUACUACGUCUACGCUAUCCUAGGCGGUAUCGACGAGGAGGGUAAAGGUGCCGUAUACAGCUACGACCCCGUUGGCAGCUACGAGCGCGAGCAGUGCCGAGCCGGCGGUGCCGCGGGCAGUCUGAUCAUGCCCUUCCUCGACAAUCAGGUCAACUUCAAGAACCAAUAUGUGCCUGGAAGCGGCACCGGACACGACCUACAGGAACGAGAGCGCGUACCACUACCGAGGGAGGAGGUGGAAAUACUAGUAAAGGAUGCCUUCGACUCGGCAGUUGAGCGUCAUAUUGAAGUCGGUGAUGCGCUGCAAGUAGUCAUCAUUACCAAGGACGGAAUCGAGGAGAAGGUUCUUCCAUUAAAGAAGGAUUAA